CUUUUUUUUUUUUCUAUUUUCCUUUUGAUAUUUUUUUUUCAAUUUUUUUUUUAAAUGGGUAAAUGUAAACGAAAAUUCUAAUUAUCUUAUAUUUUUUUAUAUUUAAUCAUUUAAUGUUAAUAGAAUUUGUAUCAACUUGAAUUACACCACACUUCAAGAUCCACCAAGAAAAAUCAGAGUAUAAAUGGAAGAAAAUCUCUGAAUUCUUCAUCAUCAACUCUUCCUUUUCCUUCUUCUUGUUCCCCUCUUGUGCAAUGCAGUAGCCUCAGAAUCAAGAAAUGGCGAAGAAGAAGCCAACCCCAUCUCCCUCGCCGUCUACUGACUCCGGCGAGAACAUAGCAGAGGCAGAGGCCUCAGUCACCGGGGAAUGCGAGCGAGCGCUCCUUGUGCUUCGCAAAGGAAACCACGCCAAAGCGCUGAGGCUCAUAAAGGACCUCUGCGUUCGCCACCCAAGCUCCGCUGUUGCCCACAUUGUUCAAGGCGAUAUUCUCUGCCAGUUUGCUACUGUAAUCGACGACCUCAGACUCAAGCACCGCCACCUCAAGAGCGCGGCGGAGUCAAUGCAGCGAGCGACGCUGCUGUCCCCUGAUUCGAUUGAGUUUGGGUAUAUGUACGCGAGUGUGUUGUUCGAUUUGUGCGAGGAUGGUAAAGCAUAUGAAGAAGUAGUGCAAGAAUGUAAAAGGGCAUUAUCCAUUAAACCCAAAAAGGAGAGUCCAGUAAAGGACAGUUAUUUGGGAGUGUCUAUACCAGUGAAGAACCUUAUGGAAACACGAGAAGCUCUGUUCUCCCUAAUGAAAAUAUGUUCUCUUUCGGAUUCCGUGAAGAAUCUUGAGAAUGCGGAUGAAGAGGAGAAGCUUGAGUCGAUUCAUCUUGAGGGGAGUCCAGUAUUAAUUAAGUCGGUUACCAAGGGACCCAUUGAGACUAAGGAGGAAACGGAGACGCAAGAUGAGAAGAGGAUGGAGAUUGAGACCCGGGUAGCAGAAGAAAGGCUUCUUCCCCAGAGGUUGAAGACACCUGAAUCCCAUAAUCAGACAGAUGGAGCGUGUGAUUUGUUUGUGGGACCUCAUAAACCAGGACAAAGAAAGGAGUAUCUGAACGAAAAGGUGAUUAAGCCACAUGUGGAUCAGAUGGAGCAGAUUAAAACUUAUUGGAAUUCCAUAGAUGAUGACAAGAAGAGGGGGUUGCUUAAAGUGAGAAUUUGUGAUCUAAAAGCCCAUUUUGAAUCGUCCAAGGAUGAUACGGUGAUGGAGAUUUUAUCCGAAGCCAUUGGUUUUGCGGAGGAGAAUAAAUCUUGGUCGUUCUUGGCUUGUUGCCAUUGUGAUGAGAAAUUUGGGGAUAUUGAACCAUACAGAAAGCACAUUAAUCAGAAGCACAUGGGAAGUCUUUCGCCUGAGUUGUGUUCAGUUAUGCCCCAAGAAGUUGAUAGGCAUUGGGCUGAUAUGAUUGUGAAGGGUAGAUGGAAGCCAGUUGAUAUCCCUGCUGCAUUAAAAACCCUUGAUAGUCAUAGCAGUGCAGAAGGUGGAAUACAUAAGUGGCCGUUGUCGGAUGAUUCUGAGCGAGAAAAGAUCCUUGAGGAAAUCCAUGUCAUGUUCAAAACCCUUCUGAGGCGUAAAUACCUUGCUGCAAGUCAUCUUAGCCUGAUAAUGGAGUUCACCGUGAUUGAGAUGCAGGCUAAUUUUUCGGCAUCACAGCUUUUAACUCAUGGUCUGGACAAAACACCUCUGUGCAUCUGCUUUUUGGGAGUUCCUCAUCUUCAACAGAUUCUUGACUAUUUGCGGGUGGUGGCUCAAGCGUGUGGUAUACAUGAUUCUGAGAAGAUUGGCUCCAUACAAGAGAUGGCCAGUGGCAGAGACAAGUUCCAAAUCAAAGAAAGAGUUGUUUUAUCUGGUGACUCAUUGAUUCUUCUUUUGGAUAAACGCUUCCUGGGAGAAGCUGCCAAUGCAGCUAAUGGCUGGGCAGUAACUUUUGGUAUCAAAGAUCAAGGAGAUUAUGCUCUGCCAGAGACUGAUUCCUUAGUGUCUUGGUUAUUUAAAGGUCCUUCAAUGGAAGAAUUGGAAGAAGUGUGGGCACGUCUAAGAGAAUUUAGAAAACAUAAAGGAGAGGAAAUUUUCCAUAUCCUUGGGAAAGAAUUUUCCCUCUUGGAGAGCUUAUGUAGGAGAAAAUGUGAGCAAUUGGGUUAUGCAAAAGCACUUGAGUCAGUUGAGAGUAUCUGUUUGAAGGAAUAUAAGGACAGGAAGCAACCGGGGUUUGUUCCACAAAGUUAUGAGUCCCUUCUGGAGAGGCGUCGAGAAGAGCUUGAGGAUGAUGAUGCUAUGUCUAUCAGUGUUCGGUUUGAGUUAGAUGUGAUAUCAAAUAUUCUUAAAGAAGCACAAGGUCUGAGAGCUGAUCAACUCGAACGAGAUCAAAAUGAUUUGGAAAGUGAUGAAGAUGAUGGAAGCGAAGAGGGGGAAUACGUGCUUAUAGCACUAUCAGAAAAAAUGGAGAGACAUCGAGCUUCUCCUGAGCUUUGCAAACUUGAUGCACGGAUCAUGCAAUGUAUUGAUGGCAGGAAGCAGCUGGAGUUUGAACUUGCAGUAGCAUCUUCUGAUGACUAUAGGCUAGUUAUGGUGAUCCUUCUGAAGUUAUUCAUUCGGGCACACUUGGGGGAACUGGCUGAAAAAUAUGCCAAAGAGAAGUAUGAUGCCACAACAGAAACAAUGUUAGCACAGCUUGCAAUUGAUGCCAAGAAACUACUAACAAAAGAGAUGAUUAUGGGAAACAGACACAGGGAAAAUCAAAGCAUAAGAAAAUGAACAAAUAUUACAGAAAAGCUAAGCAUUUGAAGGCUACUAGUAAAAACAAGCAGAUCCUACCACAUGGGGAUGAUCCAAAAAGAUCACUUUCCUGCAGCAUGCAAUGGUACAGAUGAACUGAAACAACUGGAAGAAGGUGAACUUGAGUUUAUGCUUGAGUUUGAAGCAAAUGAAAGAAAGGUCAAUGUAGUUUUGGAGUAUCAAAGGAGGAUGGAGGAUGAAGCUAAGCAGAAGCACCUUGCUGAAAAGAAGAAGAAGAAGAAGGCCAGUGAGAGGCUCCACUCCAUAGCUGGUUGCUGAAAACCCUAGUGAUGAUGGUGGCCCAAGUUUGAUUAAGCAGUUCAACUUACUGCUAAAUAAGUUGCUUCUACUUUUGUGUUAUGUGUAAUAGCUGAGAUUGCAGAAUAUCAAAUGUUAGGAAAUGGUUUCAGAGCAAAAUGAAGGUUGCAUGCUUUUCUAGUGGAUUAAGGCCCCUGGCUGGCACAAUUUUAGCUUCUAAUAAAGUCUUAGCCUUACAUAAAAGAGGAGCUUAUUUAGAAAGGAAAAUGCAGAAGUUAUACUA